CAACCCUCUGAAAUUUUAGACCUAGAAAUGUUAAAAACAUCCACAUCCUCCUCCACAUCCAUCUCCUCCUCCACAUCCUCCUCCCCAUUAAUCUCCACCUCCUCGACAUCCUCCUCCACACCCAUCUCCUCCUUCUUCACAUCCUCCAUAUUGCAGUUCCUCGUGAUUUAG